AUGGUGGCAACGAGUGAAGUGGCGAGUGAAAGCAGCAAGAAGGCGCAACAUCAUCAGCAGUGGACCGGGCGACGGCAGAGGCGGAGCCAGAAGGCCCUCCUGUCUUCCACCUCCUCUGGAGUUUGUUUGCUCAGUUUCAGGCAACUGAAGCGUGAAUUUCCCAGUGCCGUGAUUUUCAGCACUGAUGACUAUUUCACAGAGGAUGGCACGUACAUAUUUGAUCCUGAUUGCCUGGAAGAUGCCCACAGGUGGAACCAGAAAAGAGCACGUAAAGCAAUGAAGAAUGGAAAAUCCCCCGUUAUUAUUGAUAAUACCAACAUCCACGCUUGGGAAAUGAAGCCAUAUGUGAUAAUGGCACUUGAAAACAACUAUGAAGUUAUAUUUCGAGAGCCAGAUACACGCUGGAAAUUCAAUGUUCGUGAACUAACAAGACACAAUAGCCAUGGUGUUCCAAGAGAAACAAUAAAGCGGAUGAAAGAGCAGUAUGAACAUGAUGUUACAUUUCAAAUUGUGCUUCAUUGUGAAGAACCAGGUAGACAUGUCAACCGGUCCCAUGGCACUCGCAACACCGGAGACUUUUCCAAUCCAAGUUCAGCAUUCUCCAACAGAAGAGCUCACACCCACUCCACAAAUGAAAUAUCAUAUAGUAGGAGACGUGAUUUCCACAGCGUCUUUUAGCAUUUUUACCAAGGUGUAUAUGAUUUCAUUUUAUGUUUUUAGCAAUUUUUACUCUUUUUACUGAUACAAUGUACAAAUAUAAAUCAGGGCAAUAAAUAUCUUUA